CGCGGGGAGACAUGGGAACGGGGGGAGGAGCGGCCCAGCGCGCGAGCCUAACGGCUGAAGUCGAAGCGCGGGAGACUCCGCCGGUGAGGCUCCGCCUUGCGUGGGUUUGAACGAAGCUCCGCCCCGCACGCCACCAAUCGGCGCUCGCGCGGCGGCGCCAUGGCGACCCUUUGUGGGCACUGACUGAUCCCGGGGCCAGACGGAGUGGCGGGUCUGCCUUGCGGCGCCGGUGAGUGUGUCGAUGAUUUGCUCCUUCGAGCCUCUGAGGCCUGGGCGGCGUCCAUGCAGGCACCUCCAGGGCGGUCGGGUGGCGGCAGGGUCCUCGGCCCUCCUGGGCCGGCCGACCUUCGGCGCUCAGGACGACGCGGCGUGUUGAGUGACACAUACCGAGAGCCGGAGCGGCGGGUCUGAGCUGGCCGUCCCGCCCUCCGCCCACGCUCCCCUGCUUCCGCUCUCUCUUCCUCCUGUGGCCUUUCCUCUCUCCUUUCUCCUCUGUCCCCCCUUCUUUGGUUCACCCCGCGUCGGUCCUCCGUCUCACCUUUCGGGCUGGCCGCCGGUGCUGUGCGUGUCCCUUAAGAGCUGCGCGUGGCCAGCAGUUUUGGGGGGACUGGACUUUGUCUGGCUUCUAGCCCCGAGCGUCUGUCUGCUAGCCAGAGACCGAUUCCGAGAGGGCUGGGUGGACUCCGUGCAGUCGCCUGCCUGGAUUUCCUGCAGGCCAGGGUGGCCUCAGACUGACAGUGCAACCAGAAACAACCUUGCUCCCCUUCUCUCUGCUUCCCAAGUGUGCCACCAUACCCAGCCCAGAAACCACUAACUUCUGGUUCUCCUUAAAACCCAGCAUCAGAUGAAUGCUGGAUUGUGGUUACAGUCCCAGCCCGAGUUGUGCUAGGUCUGCUCAGAUAAAGCCAAGACUAAUGGCUGGUCAGAGCCCAGGAAGCUGCAUUUCCACAUGGUCACUGAGGACAGGAUGUUUGCUAGAGGCCUGAAGAGGAAAUGUGGUGACCAGGAAGAAGGAGUAGAGGGUUUUGGCACUGUCCCUUCCUAUAGCCUGCAGCGACAGUCACUCCUGGACAUGUCCCUUGUGAAGCUCCAGCUCUGUCACAUGCUAGUGGAGCCCAACCUCUGCCGCUCAGUCCUUAUUGCCAACACAGUACGACAGAUCCAGGAGGAAAUGAGCCAGGAUGGCGUGUGGCAUGGGAUGGCACCCCAGAGUGUAGAACGGGCACCAAUUGACCGACUAGUAUCCACAGAGAUCCUGUGUCGUACAGUGAGGGGAUCUGAGGGGGAGCACCCCACCUCAGAACUGGAAGACAGUCCCUUGCAAAGCUCAGCUUCCGAGCUUCCCAUCGUUGGCUCAGCACAGGGGCAAAGGAACCCUCAGAGCAGCCUCUGGGAGAUGGACAACCCACAAGAAAACCGGGGAAGCCUUCAGAAGUCCCUGGACCAGAUAUUUGAGACCCUGGAGAACAAAAACUCCAGUUCAGUGGAGGAACUCUUCUCAGAUGUGGACAGCUCCUACUAUGACCUGGACACAGUGCUAACAGGAAUGAUGACUGGGACCAAGUCCAGUCUCUGCAAUGGUCUUGAGAGCUUUACUGCAGCCGCCCCUCCUCCCAGCUCCACUUGCAAGUCUGACCUGGCUGAACUGGACCACGUCGUAGAGAUUCUGGUGGAGACCUGAGAGGACACCCCAGUGGGCCAAGGACAAGGCCACCACUCCCCCAUGGAGCUCCAUGUGCGGUGACCCAGAGACAGACAAGCACUUGUCCUAAGAGGGGCUCUGACUCUUGAGCCAGGGUCUCCACCUCUGUCUGACUAUGAAAUAUCUGGGACAGAUUUUCCUCUGCAAGGAUCGCAGCCCUGGAGCUGCCUCAGGGCUAGUUAGUUCUUGGGGAGGACAGAACGGAUGCAUCUCAAGGAACUGAGCUAGCUCGCUCGCUGAAGGCUCUGGGCUCAUUAUCCUGUGUGUGACACUGGGGUGACUGGAGGAUGGUGGGCCACAGCUGUGUCUAGUCUAUUUUAAAUUAGAUAGGUGAACUUUCUAAAAUUAAGUUUUAUAUGUUUUGGGCAAUAUUUUGUCUUAAGAUAUAUUUUUUAAACUUUUUAUACUUUAGAUUUUUUUCAGCUAUUUUCUUAAAAGUAUAUUUUUUCUACAAACAUCCUCUGCUGCUACAUUAGAAACAUUUAUAACCUAAAUACGAUUGGUGUGUCAUUUUUAAGGUUUAAAUAGAAAACUUUGAGUCUCUACACUUCCAAGGCAACUGUAAAUGUAGCCGGCCAGGUGUUUACAUGAGAGGCUCCAUUAUGGUCUACAUUCCAGUAGAGCGCUUGAAGGGAACCAUGCCCAGCCCCACUGCUCCCUCCUCCCUCACUGGGUCUGUCUGUAAGAGCUGUCUUCCCAGGCUUUCCUGUGCAGGGUGGUUUUAUUUAUGCCUAUUUAUAUGUAAACGCACUGAGGGCUAAGGUCUUCUGUCUGGAAAUCACAACACCGUUCUUCAGAGACUGUGGUGAGGCAGUGCCUUAUGCAGGUCUUGUCCUUGGGUCCCCAGCCCAGCACUGUGUGACACGAGGACACGACAUCCCAACAACAACCAGCACCACAUGCUACAUGUCAAGAGUAUGCGUGGAGACUGCAGGGUGCCGGGCAUGUGUGUGCUUAGAAAGGGUGUGCAGCCCACCAUGUGCUCAAUAGGAGUACCUGUGCUUGCUUGCUUUAAAAUGGUGCUUGAACAUUUUAAGGUUAAAAACAAUCUGAUUCUGUAACUUAGUGCUCCUCCAUCCUGGGGUGGCCCCAUGCUGUCUGCUUGGGUCUCAUGGUCCCGAUAACCAGAUCACAUGUCAGACCCCACCCCCACCCCACCAUGCUUUUGUUUCUCUUGUGCUGUUCUUUUGGACGUCCCCACCUGAGCCUAAGAGGUUUUAUUUUGUAUGUGUUAUGACUGUUCUUCACUAUCAACAAUGUAAACCUCACUUUAUUAAAGGAAUCCAGCAAA